AUGGCCCUAACAAUCCACCACCUCCAAACCUCCCAAUCCGAGCGCCUCCCCUGGCUCUGCGAAGAACUCAAUAUCCCCUACACCCUCGUGCUCCACCAACGCGCCCCCAUCUUCUCCCCCGAAUCAAUCAAAACCCUGCAUCCCCUGGGUUCCGCGCCCAUCCUCCAAGACGGCGACCUCACCCUCGCAGAAUCCUCCGCUUGCGUCGAAUACAUCAUCAACAUCUACGGCGGGGGCCGGUUGGCGCUUAAACCGGGGCACAAGAAUUACGCGGCUUACCUCUACUGGUUCCAUUUCGCCAACUGUACUCUCCAACCUGCGAUAUUGAUGCAAUUGCAGCUGUCGCGUAUGGAUCCGGAGAGUAAGAGUCCGGCGACUACGAGGGCGAGGGAGAGGUUUGAGAAGUUGCUGGGGUUUGUGGAUGGGAGGCUGAGGGGGAGUGAAUGGUUAGCGGGGGAGGAGUUUACGGCGGCGGAUGUUAUGACGGUCUUUAGUUUUACUACUAUGAGAGUGUUUUAUGGGUUUAGUCUGGGGGGUUAUGAGGGGAUUUUGGAGUGGUUGAGACGGUGUGUGGGGAGGAGAGCUUAUGUGAACGCGAGGGAGAAGGCGGAUAGGGGGUUGGAGUUGAUGGUAGGGAGCGAGGCGCCGAGGGGCUUUGUGGAGAGGUUGAAGUCCGAGGGGAAGCUGUAG